AUGCGACCGCUCUGGAUGCUGCGUUACACCUAUGUGGAUGGCAUGCUGCACAAGCGAGACCCGUUCCGGAAGGCUCACCUCGAGCACAUUGGCAAGUGGACCGCCAACACCGGCUUCCAGCCCAAGCUUCUCAUGGCUGGCGCGUUCGCCGACCCGGUCGAUGGCGCUGCGUUCAUCUUUGAAGCCGAGUCGCCGGCGAUCGUCGAGGACUUUGCCAAGAAAGACCCGUACGUCGCCAACGACCUCGUCACGUCGUUUGACGUGCGUCAGUACAACGUUGUCGAGUUCAAGAAGGCGCCGUAA